UGCGCAAGCUCUCCAGGCGGCCCCGCCCCCCAGGGCGCGCCCCCAGGGGCCCGGGGCCUGCUCCUCGGCCUGGCCCGGGCAUGGAGGCCCUGCGGAGGGCCCACGAGGCCGCGUUGCGGCUGCUGCUGUACAGGCCCUGGGCCGUGGGCGCCGCCUCCCGCCCGAAGCCCCGCGCCUCGGAGGUGCUGACGCGGCACCUGCUGCAGCGGCGCCUGCCGCACUGGACCUCCUUCUGCGUGCCCUACAGCGCGGUCCACAACGACCAGUUCGGCCUGUCGCACUUCAACUGGCCCGUGCCGGGCGCCAACUACCACGUCCUGCGCACCGGCUGCUUCCCCUUCAUCAAGUACCACUGCUCCAAAGCGCCGUGGCAGGACCUGGCCGGGCAGAACCGCUUCUUCACCGCGCUCAAGGUCAUCAAUCUGGGAGGACCCUGCCUUAGACAGCGAGUCAGGAAACGCCCCCCACUUGGACAGUGGCCCUGAAGUUGCUGAGCAGGAGUCAUUCCCGCGCUCGUCACUGGGAGCCUUUGGAGGACAAAAACUGGACGGACUUUUAAAGUUUCUUUGUCUUCUUUAUGUGAAAUCUCAGCAAGUGUGUUUUGCUAAGAGCAGUAGGUUCCCUCCAGGCAUCAUAAUUUUCUCAGGUGCUAGAUUUAAAAAGGCAUUUGAAAGAGGCUGCCUCCUUGGGACUUGUGUUCCUGGCCAUCUAAUUCUGGCUGUGACUCCUCCCGGUAGAUGUCCACGUCCUUUUGGUUUAACAGCAGGUCAAUAUCAUGGAUCGUAGAUGUGAUAGCAUUUUAUAGAUCAGGGAAAAAUACAAGCCCUCGAGAUGUUUCGGACCUAUUAAUAGCUACUAAAAAAUUAAUUUAGAUUUCGAUUUCAGUCACUCAAACUCUGCACAAGGAAGCCGAAUCAGAAUAACCCAAAUGGUUUUUAUUUUUUUUAUCCAAAAUUACACUAAACUGUACAGCUGUUCUAGUAUUAUAUAUAAUCCAAUAGUUCAUUAAAUUAAAUAAGACAAGGGCAGUGUUGCUUAUAACUCAUAUGUCACUUAUGGGAUUUUUGAACUAUUGUCCCACUGGCACUGCCCUGGGCUUAAUCCAGGAAAGAGAUUAUAAACAGUAUAUAUAAUCCUUUUAAAAUGUCUCAUUACUUGGCUGAAGGACUACACAGAGCUAUGCCCCCUACUUCUGAGGUUUUUGUAAAGUUGCUAUGAGAUGACUUAGAAACUUGAGACUGAAAGUAUGUGGGAAAGCUGGAGUACUGACUACUUGUGAAAAUGAGUUUGUGGUUAGCAUUUUCAGGAUCAGUAGGAGUCAUUCUUUUCCAAGUAUGGAGUGAUAGGAAAGCUGUAAGGCCGAGGGACAGGGUAACUGAAUAGACCCAGUCCUGUAUUUAAAUGUCACAUUUAAAAGUCGCAUUACUAAUCAUGAUUAUGGCUGUCUUUCAGGUGUCAGGCAUUAAGACACCAAAAGAAGAAAAAAAUUCACAUUCCCACAUAGAAAAUAAAACCUUUUCAAAAAUCCAACAGAUGUGGGGAUGAUUUUUGUUUGUCUUUUAAUGUGGAAGAGCAAUUUAAUAGUCUGGGGGCUUCUAGAAGUUCUUAAAAAAAUGCAGCUUUGAAUGGGAAGAAGAGUUGGAAGUGCAGCCAAGGGAGACCGCGUCCCUGCGUGCUUCAGUACGAUUGACUUACUCUGAAAUGUUUUUCUGGGCUUUUUACCAGUGUAGUAAUAUUUAUGUUGCCUUUUUUUUUUUUUUUUUGUCUGAACUGUGGGAAAUGUGAAUUAAGUAACAGGAUCCUAGUCUGUGAUGUACAGUUUGCCCCUCUGGAUCAUCAAGUCCUUAGUCGGUAAUAAGAAUACAAACGAUUUUAUUCCUCGUCCUCCCUUCUAAAUGAGUAGUAAUCAGAAUAAUUCAUUUUCUGUUUUGUAAAUAAGGAUUUCUGUUUACUCAUUUUCCCUUUCCUCUCCACCUUCCCUCCCACGGAACCGACAUUUUCUGAUGGUUUAUCAGCCUAAGUAUCCUGCUGGGAAAUAAAUUAAGAUUUAAAGAAAAGCAACUUACACUUGGAAUAAAUGAGUAAUAGAAACCUUACUACAAAGUUCCAGUUGUUCUAAGUGCCUAAUUCGACAUUAGUUUAUCUACCGUUCAGUUAACUCAAAAUGAAUUAUUAAUACAAAGAACUGUUUUUCAAGUUCAUUUUGAUGUUCUCUGUCUCUGGUAGUCUGAAUUUUUUUUUCUUGUAGAAUCUUAAAGAUUUUGAUUUUGAUGCAUACAAACAGUUUUUUUUUUAAUCUGUAAAGUAUAGAGGCAACAAAGCUUCCUCGUUAUUACAUUAUUCUCUGCAUUCUAGGGUGGAAAAAAAAUACAAAAAACUCAAUUCAUUCCAACAGAGAAUUUCUGACUCCCUUAUCAACUUGACCCCUGUCAGUAAGCAUGACUGAUAAUGGUUUCUUCAUGGGCUUAUUAUUAACUAGUAAUAAUUAAUUAGUUCUUUAUUAAUGGGGGACAUUUAUUUGUAUGAUUUGUUUUCAAAAGUAUACAUUUUAAAAUAAUAUUUAAAUUGAAGCUGUGGUAAACUUUAUAAAAAAUAACUCUCAGGGUCACUACCAUUCCUUACACUCCACCCUUAGUAUUGGUUUGGAAGGUACCUUGUGUCUGUCUUACUCUCAGUAUGUAUAGAAAACUAAUGAUUGCUUCUAAGGCCUUUUAAAUUCCUCAUCCCAUUGGGUUUCAGAUUUUGGAGUGGUAGUGUCAUGUUGGAAUUCAUUUUACAUUUGCCUUACCUUGUCAGCCUGCCUUCCCACCGCAUACCGCUUGAUUUUCUGUUUCUUUUUUCUUAUCUUUUUGAUGAAUGAUUUGCAAAUAGCAAAUUAUUAUUAUAGUUUUUGAGGAUUUGUUUUUGCCCCUUGAAACAUUUGAGAUUCUUUGGGGCACAAUGAGGGCAAAGACAGCAGUAUACUGUAGAAAGUUCCCUGGGAGCACCAGGGGAUUCUGUGGUGAUAAAAUACAAACUGUAACCUGGUAUGCUCCCAAAAGCAGAGAAGGACCUGAGCAGGAGACACCUGUCUCCUCAGUCCACCGACUCAUUGCCAGCUGGUGCAGUCUCCUCUGUUACACAGGUCCAAAGGGAGCAUGACACAGUGAGGCUAUUCUGCAGCAAAGGAAGAAAAGUCAGCAGUACGAUCAGUGCUGAAUGUGUGUCGGUUUCUCUAUUAACUAGAAAGAGAUUUUCCAAAUGAGCAGUUAUCAUUUUGAAUUGCCUCUUUCUGUCCAUUUCCCACAUGGAAGCAAUAAAAUUAAUACUUGUGUAGGCCUACAGUGUUUGUUUUUGAUCUGUGUGCCUGUGGUUUUAUACACACACAUAUAUAUGCAGUGUGUUUUUAAUAUGUUAAUAGUCAUUGAUUUUAAAUAAGUGUCUUAAAAGUUAAGAAUUCUGGAAAACUGUUUUGCAUUCAACAUAGCAUCAUAUGCAUAUGAAUCCAUAUUUCUGGGUAGUAUAUGUUCAGUUUGAUAUAGAGCAUACAGCAGUUAAUCUCAAAUAAAACAGGAAAGCCUUAUUAAUGGCAAUCUUGAAAGAGAGAGACUUUUUGGAAUCCAUGUAGAUAAGGUGAAACAAGAUUGUUUUCAAAUCAAUUACAAAAUAAUGAGAGAGUUCUUUGUCAUGCCAGGUACACUAAAACAUUCCUAAAAGUUAUAUUUUGCUUUAGAUUUUGAAGAUAAUUGGCCAGUUUCUUAGUUGAACAAAAAUUUCCUUAUCCAUCAGUGUUCCUAUCUAACUUGCAGAACAACAAAGUGGUCCUAGUAAAUUUAGCUUAAAGCAAAUAGGGACAUUUACAACCAAAUUAAUGAAUACUCUUUUCUGCUUAUUUGUGAGAAUAUAAAAUUACUUCAUAAUUAAUUGAAGAUAAUGAAUUAAGCAAGUGCUCUGCAUUAAAGUUUAUAUCAGUCUCAUCUGUGGUUUUAAAAAUCUAGGCUCACAUAAUUGCCACUAUGUCCCACAGAGAUAAAGUCCAGCUCUUCAGGAAUCAUAGUGAGCACCUAGUCAUAUAUUUCUGUGUCUAUAACUUUAUGUCAGCAUUGUUGAAGACGGUUUACAUGAUCAGUAACAUGACAUGUUAGUACAUGAUUAAUAAGUACUGAUCUUCUCAUGUAACAUAUUCAUUUG